GGUGAAGAAAAUGUGUUUCAUCUUCUUUACUGACUGACACAUUUUGGUAUAUUUUGUGAGAGAACGUCAAAAUUAAUUGCAAAACAUAUGCCUGUCACAUGAUAAGUAAGUGAAGUGUCAUGGAGUCUCCAGUAACCAACCCAGAUGGGGCAGACUCAACAUUGAGACGACCAAUGAAUGCCUUCUUGUUGUUUUGUAAACGACAUAGGAGCGUUGUAAAGAGUGGCCAUCCAUGGCUUGACAACCGAGCCUGCACCAAGAUGUUGGCUGAUAUGUGGGCAGUGCUAGACUGGGAUGAGAAAUCCAAAUACUUGCAACUUGCAAGAGAGUGCAAGGUGGCAUUCAUGAAGGCCCAUCCAGACUAUAAAUGGUGUGGUUCCAAUAAACAAAGUGUCAAGUCAAGCAGUCCAACAAUGAAGACAAGGACCAAGUCAUCUUGUGGGCACCUACCGAACCAAACCCUCGGAGUCUGGCCUCAAAACAAUUCGUCAAAAAAAACUAAUCUGCUUUCUUCCAGCCGAAUCUCACCAGGCAAGCUCGCCGAUCCUAGUGAUAUGGGUGGUUUGAGCAUGCUGCUUCUUGCUGGUGAACAAUCAAUGAGCAAAUCAACAACCUCUAAUACUCUCAGCCCAGGAACUCCGCUGUCCCCCAAAUCAAGACUCUUUGAAUUUGCUGAGAUGUGCUCAGAUAGACUGGACCUGAAAUACUCGCCUGAUCCACCCACUCUAUCCCAUCAAACCGUAUGUACCCAUCAGCCAGAGUCAGGGUUCCAGACCAGUCAAACAGACAAUAAUAUGUUGACUUCAAAAACAGAGUUGCAGAGAAAAAAUCAUGAAAGAUUUAAUUUCGACCCACAAGAGAUAAAUAACAACGACUCAAGAGUUACAAUCAGGAAUAAGGAGCAGACAGAGAAAUCCCCCGGAAGAUUGUCUGCCAUUCAAGACCAAGAACUCAAACAAGAAUUUGCGGUUUUGAGUCGAGCACUGCAAUCAGGAAAUGAGUGUAUGGAACAUAAAGGCGAGAUGCAAGGCUCAGGCUUACAGUCUGGUGCCGAGGAUAUGAUGGAGGAUAUGAUGGAUCUACCUAGUAGUUAUGGAGGAGAUUGGGUGGAGGAACAGGGUACUAGACGAACUUCAGCUCGAUCUUGUAAAGGGCGUCUCUACAGGGAGUUUGUCAUGGAAGGAAUGUUAGAGUCUCUUCAGAGGCCAGAACGACCAUUCAACUGCAAGAAGACCUGGAAGCAAAUUGAUGGAAGUAGCUUGAGUGAUGGUGAUGACGUCGUGUUUAAACCCAGCCCAGACAAACCAAAACGAGCAAGCAGGAGAAAGUCUCGCAAAAGGACAGUCAGUGGAUGCGGGUCGCUAUCCAGCUCUGCAGAUUUUGACUAUGGCGAGAUUGAUGUGGAAGCUCGCCUUGCUUCAUUGCCCCAGUACUCGCCAGCUCAGUUUAAACCUCAGGGUAAAUCUCAGCAUCAUAAGAAGUCAACGUUCCUUUACAAGAAUUCAACCUUCGUCAAGAAAGAAGGGAAGACGUCUCAUAAACACAACUCUAAGGGAGAUCAUUCUGUCGGAAAAACGCCUGUAGCUGGAAGCCGCAAACGUAAAGCACCCAAGUCCAGCAUUCUACACCUGACUAACUACCAAGUAGACAACUCGGCUAAAGCAGUCACUUCAGGUCCCUCAAGCAAUACAAGGUUCUUCACUAUGGAUGGUCAACAAGGGGUAUCUGAUCUGGUGACAUCUAGUGAUCCUGACUCAUUGAACAGGGUAGACCUCAAGGAACCAGACCAAGAUGUCUUCAGUAUCGAUGACACCUUCAAAGUCUCUUCUGAGGAGACUAAACCAUUCCCAAGCCCUCUAUUGACCGAAUCUCACCAGCUACCAAGAAGUUCAAGUCAUGUCAUCUCUGCUGCUUCCUCUGUUCAUCGCUCUGUCCUGACUGUGUCUUAAACAACCAUCACCAAGAAGCUCAAGCCAUGUCAUCUCUGCUGCUUCCUCCGUUCAUCGCUCUGUCCUGAUUGUCUUAAACAACCAUCACCAAGAAGUUCAAGUCAUGUCAUCUCUGCUGCUUCCUCCGUUCAUCGCUCUGUCCUGACUGUGUCUUAAACAACCAUCACCAAGAAGCUCAAGCCAUGUCAUCUCUGCUGCUUCCUCCGUUCAUCGCUCUGUCCUGACUGUCUUAAACAACCAUCACCAAGAAGCUCAAGUCAUGUCAUCUCUGCUGCAUCCUCCGUUCAUCGCUCGUUCCUGACUGUGUCUUAAAAAACCAUCACCAAGAAGCUCAAGUCAUGUCAUCUCUGCUGCAUCCUCAGUUCAUCGCUCUGUCCUGACUGUCUUAAACAACCAUCACCAAGAAGCUCAAGUCAUGUCAUCUCUGCUGCUUCCUCCGUUCAUCGCUCUGUCCUGACUGUCUUAAACAACCAUCACCAAGAAGCUCAAGCCAUGUCAUCUCUGCUGCAUCCUCAGUUCAUCGCUCUGUGCUGACUGUCCUAAACAACCAUCACCAAGAAGCUCAAGCCAUGUCAUCUCUGCUGCUUCCUCCGUUCAUCGCUCUGUCCUGACUGUCUUAAACAACCAUCACCAAGAAGCUCAAGUCAUGUCAUCUCUGCUGCUUCCUCCGUUCAUCGCUCUGUCCUGACUGUCUUAAACAACCAUCACCAAGAAGCUCAAGCCAUGUCAUCUCUGCUGCUUCCUCCGUUCAUCGCUCUGUCCUGACUGUCUUAAACAACCAUCACCAAGAAGCUCAAGUCAUGUCAUCUCUGCUGCAUCCUCAGUUCAUCGCUCUGUGCUGACUGUGUCCUAAACAGCCAUCACCAAGAAGCUCAAGUCAUGUCAUCUCUGCUGCAUCCUCAGUUCAUCGCUCUGUGCUGACUGUGCUGACAGCCAUCACCAAGGUAACCCAUACACUUAUGAGCUGAGUAAUUGCCAAGAAAUCUUGCAUACUAAGCUUAAGUUCUUACGGCUGAGCCAUAAAUAAUAUUAUAACUCUGGUUUCUUAUAUAGUGCUUGAUCACACCCCUAGGUAAACCCCUACUCUUAUCAACAUUCUCCCUUAGCAAUAGCAGUGGUCCACUGGUCGAAUUCUGGUUGAAAUACCGAAUGACCAGUUAAAGUUUACUCCAGGCGGUCCGGCUGGCUAGUUCAAUGUUGAAAAACAUCCUCAUUUCAUUAAAAAUUGAACUUGUAAAAAAACUGGCGGACUCGCGAAUAGGCAAGCUAAAGUCACUAAAAAAUUUAAGGGCAAAUCCUGCAAGUCCAAAGCCAAUGACAAUUUUUAAAAUAAAACCUUAAAAUAUGGACAAGGGAAAAUGCUGGUGGACAAGUGAAAAGACAAGCUCACUGGUCCAUCUGACUAGUAACUAAAAAUUUAUGUUAGCUGAGUAUUGUCACUUAUGGCACAAGUUCUUAUGGCCGAGCCAUAAAUAAUAACAAUAUUGGUUUCUUCUAGCGCUUUAUCACACCCCUUGGGUUGUAUCAAAGUGCGCAAUGUGUGUUUUUCAACAGGGUGAGCAGACAUAUAUUUUUGAUAAUGAGAUGGAUUUACGUAGCACCUUCUAAUGGUUUACAAGGUGUUUGGGCAUUCAGCAGCUACUGCCAGAAACAAUUUCUUUUUUUGAAGAAAACACAAACAGCAUUUUAAAGAGAUUUGUAAUUAUUACUCAUCUAGAAUGCGCAAAGAGCACCCAUUUAAUUCAUAAGCAAAUCACAUAGAGAAACUAGAAUUUAAUUCUUAAAAGUUAGAGUUGUUACAUAAUUUGUCAACUUAUGGUGCAUUUUUAGCUUUAUUUAUUUGGAAAUAUUUAGUUUUUUAAAUGAUAAUUAGAAAUGUGGUUUCUAUUCCUUCCGUCAAAAGACUUUUUAAAAACUGUGUUACUACAUGUAUCUAGUAGUAGAUUUGUAGAAGAUGUAUUUUUGCAUGAUUACCCUUUUCCCAGGGUUAAUACAUAAACACUAGAAGCUAUAUUUACUUAAACAAAACAAUUUUUAACCCUUGAGUUAACCUUUUUUUUUUCAAUUUAAUUAAACAGAAUAAAUUGAUUUAUUUAUAUUGCGAGAAUUCUAGAAUGUUCAAAUGGGCAUAUUCUGAAACCAUGACAGUUGCUUCUAACACUUUGCAACAAAAACAAAGAUCAUGUAGAUUUGUUUAUACAGAAAUUUGUUGCUGCUUUGGGAUGAUGGUAACUUCUCCAAACCUGGUCCCAGUCAUGAAACAGAGUUCGGACGGUUCUCAGCCCAAAACAGAAUCCGGAUGUUUCUUGUCUCUAAUGGAGGCAUUCUCGGACCUGGUCUCUAAACGGAGGCACCUAGAUGGUUAAGUUGUUUGUUAUUGUUAUUGGCUCAGUUUAGGCUUAUGUAGUUUUAAAUUUGUUUUACUUAUUUCUUAUAAUAAAACCAUGGACUCCUCAAAAAGUGUCUCGUUUUUUAUCAAAAAUGUUAAUACUAAAAUCCUAGUUUAUUGUGCUGUGUUUAUGGAAUAUUUUCAUACAUAGUUGCAGUAAAUGAAAAUGCCAAACUGAGUCAUCGGGAAUAAGGCAAACCUGUAAAUAAUAAACCAUAUUUUUGCAUGUUGUAUGUAUUAAACUGUACAGUAGAAUUGUUUCUGGAUGCUGGGUAGCGGCACAUACCAGGCACAUGUUUAUCCAUCAUUCAAUGGGUGCGUUCGAUUAGCUUCCCUGGGUCGACCCUGCGGUGCUCACUCAGGUGAGCCCCUGACAAGAGCUAAUCGUCAUGCACCUCGGGGCAAGCCCCAAGUGACCGUUCCACAAGCAGGGCACUUGGGGCUGCGGUAAAGCCAUUCGAAGGUACCGGGGGCAGAUCGGGGCGGACCCAGGGAAGCUUAUUGGACGCACCCAUAGUUUUGUAAAUUAACUGAUAAGUCUGUUGCCCAUAGCGUUCAGAAAACUCCCAGUAUAGUUUAAAAGAAGCGAAUAAAAUGAAUUGAAUAGUAUUAUUUUAUAUAAUAGAAGUUAAAGGCUUAGGGCCUAUAUAGUUUCCCCUGUCAAUAUAGGAUUUUAAAAAUUCGGUUGGAUCUGUUCCAAAUAACAAUACAAAUUGUGAUUUUAGAUUUUGAACAAUCAAAGCCAAAAUAGUUUUAUGUAUUCAUAAAUGAAUUUAAAUACCACUAUAAUGUAUGUACCUUUCAGCAAUAUUAAUUGUUGAUGUGGUUAGUUUUGAAUAUACAUCACAUUCAAUUCCAUUUUCACUGUAAAUUUAUAAAGUAGUAACUUCUGGUUUGUCAGAAGAACUUGGAUAAACUCCUCAUUACACUCCGCUGUUCUUCCUAUUGGAUAUUUGAUUAAUUAGUUUUAACUAUUCCCUUUAAUUUUUACCCAGGGUUUGUCAUUGCAUGCUAAAGGCUUUAGCAUGCAAGGACAAACCCUGGGUAAAAAUUUACUGGUUUACUCAAUAAGGAAAUGUUUGCCUUAACACCAUGUAAUGACUAUCUUUAAAUGAGUUGGGGUGGUUCUGAAAAUAACGGUUGGUUUCAAC